UUUAGGAUUCCUUCUUCUGUCUGGCAAUUUGCGUUCUGGCGCUGAAAAGUAUUCGGUCGCAUUGAUCGUUCAUACCGUUGUGUCACCACAUUUAUCUAGGACCUCCCUCGAUUGACGACGAGAAGUAUUCCGCAAAGAGCCCUAAAGCGCAUUGCCGUCAUGGCUACCGCAAUCCCCGACGACAUCAGAUCGACGUCUGAGAGCCCUUCGCCUUCGAGUCCGGCUUCGUCGACUGGUCAGAUCCCACUGGAACAACCACCGAAACUCAAGGGUCGUCAUAAAUUGCUUCAAAACCUCCAACGCAUCUCGUCCAGCCCGAGUCUGACCAGGCGCGGCCGAUCCGCUUCCACGGGAUAUCGCCGCGAUGGAAAGGCCUCCCUGUCCUGCAUCUCGCUCUCGCAAACGGCCUAUUCACCUUGCUUGGGCAAUGGGAGUUCAUCGCAACUGUACGGGGGGCUCAAUGCCCAGUCUGUGACCCCCGGGGCCACGGCCCCUCAGACCGACUAUUUCGACGGUGCUGCUCGCAUCCGGGUGGUUCCCUCUGAAUCUCCCAAUGCUUCUCAAUCGAAGACAAUCCCUCUGCCUCAAGACCUGCGACCUGGUUCCCGUGGAUUGGCGAUCAGCAUGGCAGACGUCACGAGUGAACCUACCGUUGCCCAGCCGUCACCGAAACCGAAGGUUUUCGACUUCUGGGGCAGUUUGCCGGACGAACUCAAGAUGCGCGUUUUCCGGUACCUCAAUCCGAGAGAGAUUGUCCGCUGUUCCGCGGUCUCCAAGGCGUGGAAUAAGAUGUGCUACGAUGGGCAGCUCUGGAGGGAAGUCGACACAACGGACUAUUACCGCGACAUUCCUAGCGAAGGUCUGGUGAAACUGAUGACUUCUGGGGGUCCAUUCGUUCGGGAUCUGAACUUGCGAGGCUGUGUUCAGCUCAAGGACCAAUGGCGGACGGAUGGUGAACGAAUCACCGAUCUCUGUCGAAAUGUGGUCAAUUUCUCCCUGGAAGGAUGCCGUGUUGACAAGUCCACGAUCCACUAUUUCUUGCUGCGGAACCCCCGUCUAGAAUACAUCAACCUGUCAGGACUACUCACCGUCACCAACUCCGCCAUGAAGAUAAUUGCCCAAUCAUGUCCGCAGUUGGAGAUCCUCAACGUCUCUUGGUGCACUGGUGUUGAUACCUCUGGGCUGAAGAAAGUGGUGGUUGCCUGUCCGAAGUUGAAGGAUCUGCGAGCCAGCGAGAUCCGUGGUUUCGACGAUGUCGAGUUUGCUACGGAGUUAUUCGAGCGAAACUCCCUGGAUCGUUUGAUAAUCAGCCGGACUGACCUUACCGACGAGAGUUUGAGGGCUCUAAUGCAUGGCGUUGACCCGGAAAUAGACGUGCUGCUGGAUCGCCCGAUCGUCCCUCCUCGACGACUCAAGCAUCUGGAUAUUCACCAGUGUCCCGAUCUCACCGACCAGGGUGUGAAGAGUCUUGCCUGGAACGUGCCCAACUUGCAGGGACUCCAGCUCUCCCACUGCUCCGAGCUCACUGAUGACUCCGUUAUCCCCAUCAUUCAGACAACCCCUUGUCUUACUCACCUUGAACUCGAAGAGCUGACUCGGCUCUCCAACCAUACCCUCAUCGAGCUUGCCAAGUCGCCAUGCGCUCCUCGUCUCGAGCAUCUCAACAUCAGCUACUGCGAACUUCUUGGUGACCAGGGAACCCUUCCGAUCAUGAAGAACUGCUUCUCUCUUCGCUCCGUUGAGAUGGACAACACCCGAGUGUCUGAUCUGACUCUGAUGGAAGCCAGCCUCCGUGUACGCAAGAGGGGCUACGGCGAGGACCUACCUCAGAUCGGUCUGCGAUUAGUCGUGUUCGAUUGCGGCAAUGUGACCUGGGCUGGUGUCAAGGAGGUGCUCUCAAGCAACGCCUUCAUCCCACGGUCUCGCAAACCCCCUCAGACUAUCUCGCUUGUGGCACAGACGGUAGAUCAAGGCCAGGUGCCCGGAUCCCCAACCAUGAUCACAUCUUCCAUCACGCCUCCUCCCCCUCCCCCUGUGUAUCCGAAUGAGAUCAUCCACCUCAAGUGUUUCUAUGGUUGGCAAAUGACCGUGAAUGAACACAACAAGCGAGUUCUCCGCGGUGAUCUUGCAGCAGCGAACCGACUCGAUCGCAAAUGGGCCGAAUACAUGAUCGCGACCGAAGAGGCGGGGACCGGCGGCUCUGGAACGCGCAGGAGACGACGCAGAGCCCGCGAGGCGGAAAGAAUCUACAAUGAAGUCGACGAAGAGACCGCCGCAUAUGGGGUCGGAGGCAUUUCAGCUCUGGGAGCAGGACGUCGGCGCCACACAGACAGCAACACUGGCUGCACAGUCAUGUGAAUAGGUUCGCUGGCACACACUUCUUCAAUUCUGGACACUCGUUUUGAAACCGUGCAAUCUUCAGCGAGCUCACGCCCCGGAGGGGUUUUACGUUUUCUCAAAGGUUCUGGCAACCUUU